GCGGUAAUUGAAAAAUCGGAAAAUAGGGAAUAAUUCUGGAAUGAUGUUGACACAAAUAGAUAUUUGUUGUUGACGCUAAAUAAGUUGGAAUAUUCGAAUUGUCUUGCGUUGACGCGGGAGCGUCGAAGGUGGUGGAGUUAUACGCGACGCGACGCGAGUGCAAAGGCUCCUAAAGCAGCAACCACCACUUAACUUCGUCAUCUCUACUUCAGGAUGGUGACAGUAUUGGACAUUUGGUUGAUUUGACAGCUGCGAGAAAAGUGGGUUGAGUUAGCGAGGUUAAGGAUGGCUCACUGUCACUUUUUAUUGCUGAGUGGUUUAUUUGGGAGUAACUGUAUGUUACUGACCGCAUGAUGGCUUAGAAAUGUUAGAUAUGCCACCUCAUUUACAAAGAGCGGGUCUGAGAACCAUGAAAUUCGGCUGAAAGUAUGAAUAUCCAAAUAUUGCGAUGAAAUCUCUGUACAGGUUAGCUGUAUUGUGCCUUGCCUUCGCUGGCCUGAUAUUGCUGCUCAAUUUCACAACAAAUUCUUUUAACAAACUGCCCAAUGCCCAUUUUAAAAGUGCCAUUCCUUCCGAAAAUCUCAAACCGAUACUUGGCAAUGAACGAGAAGUUGUGAUAUGCGUUGUAGCUUGUGGAGAUCGGUUGAGUGAAUCGCUAACGAUGCUUAAAUCUGCUCUGGUAUUUGCCAAGCGACCUUUGAAAUUCAUAGUUAUUUCCGACAACGAUCUCAUCCCGGCCUUCAAUGAAAAAUUAACAGAAUGGAUAAUCAUGUCCAACAAAACAUUCAACUUUGCUGUUAAGCCCAUUACUUUCCCAGAACAAAGCGACGUGAGAAUGUGGAAGAAACUGUUCAAGCCUUGCGCAGCACAGAGAUUAUUUUUACCUACCCUGCUGAAUGACACCGAUGCAGUCUUAUACGUGGAUACAGACACCUUAUUUCUUGCUCCGCCAGAACUGAUAUGGGAUGAGUUUAAAAAAAUGAAUUCCAGCCAGCUUGCGGCUCUCAGUCCUGAGCACGAAGAUCCCAACACUGGGUGGUAUAAUAGAUUUGCAAAGCACCCAUAUUAUGGAAAAUUGGGGGUGAACUCUGGAAUAAUGCUAAUGAAUUUAACCAGAAUGAGAGAAUUCAGGUGGGCGGACUACGUAAUUCCUAUACACAAGGAAUAUCGCCUGAAAAUAACUUGGGGAGACCAGGAUAUUAUAAACAUAAUAUUCUACUACCACCCGGAACGGCUCUACAUCUAUCCUUGUCGAUACAACUAUAGACCAGAUCAUUGCAUGUAUAUGUCUGUUUGUACCGAGGCAGAAAAGAAAGGCGCCUUGGUUCUACAUGGCUCUAGAGGAACCUUUCAUUCAGAAAAACAACCUCCAUUUAAAGCUGUUUUUCGUGCAAUGGAAGAGUAUCAGCUAGACACAGAUCCUUUUGAAAACUUCUUAAUCCCAAUGAAAAAUUACCUCACCCUAGAUGACAGAUCUAACUGUGGAAAAGUGUGGAAAGUCUUUGUACUUCAGCCAGAAUUGCAUCUUGAUCCCAGAUCGAGGUCAUAGACUCGAUUUCAAAUUACUGAAGAACGCAAUUCGCGCCUCAUGAAAGUUGAACGAAUCUCAAGUAAUAAGUUUGCUAAUAUGCAAUUAAUUAUGCAGUGAAAUUUUUUAAAACAUAUUUACAAAGAACUUUACAACCAAAUUUAAGUACCGUUUAAAUUAUUGUUCUAAUCCUCCAAAACUCUUCUCAAAGUAAAGGGACCCAGUAUUACGAAACACAAAGUUCAAAUUUACCCAGCUGACUUUUUAUAUUGUAACAUACACCUAGACGUAUUAUGUAUACAUAUGAUUAACUGUUAUACAGUAUAAUAAGUAUAUUGUAAGAAUUAUUUAAUUAGCAAUGAUUAUCAAUAAAGUAUCGAUAACUAGGGAAA